AUGUCGGGAAAUUUUCCUCGAGCUGGCGGGAAUAUUCCAUCGAUAGUGGGAGACUUGGAUCACAAACAUGCCAUCCAUGUCUUUCCGCAGCAGCUACAGCCGUUCCGUUCCAGCAUUAUAGCAUAUGGGGCCUCGUUGGCCUCCACUUUGGUCGGGUACCCCAUGGACACCGUCAAAGUGCGGAUGCAGACCCACAAACACUACACAAACUACAUCGACUGCUUUGUCAAAACGUACAAGACUGAAGGAGUCCGAGGGUUUUUCCGGGGCGUGUGGGCGCCGCUCAUAUCGACUUCGUUUUCCAAGUCGAUAAGCGUAUCGAUAUACACAGCGACCAAGCCCUACGUCUACGACAUCCUAUUCUCCUAUCCCGCGUUUGAUGUCACUUCCAAUGCAUUUUUGAAAAAUCUACCAGCGUGCUUCGUCUCGGGGUUCAUUGCCGGAGGCUGCGUUUCCAUCUUUGCGUGUCCGUUCGAAUUUAUAAAGAUAUUUGCUCAGUUGGAGAGGCUAGUGCAGAGCAAGAGUCCCUUGAGGUCUGAGUCGCAGCGGGCAAAAGCAGGCAUUGACACCCGCGGGCCGUCAACUUCGAAAAUCGUGCAAACCAUAGUCAAAUACGGCGGGUGGAGAGGCUUGUACUCGGGCUUUUACCAGCAUUUCCUAAGAGACUCAAUUUCAACUGGGAUAUAUUACAGUUUUUACGAAUCGAUGAAGUGGUCCAUCAACGUGUUGACCAAUGAAAGCGUGAAUAAGCCCUCGGCAACCUCGGUGCUACUCGCGGGUGGGCUAUCGGGAGUCUUUAGUUGGAUAUUGAUUUUCCCCAUGGACACUGCAAAGUCGUUGGUUCAAAAGGACGCUGUUUCUACAAUCGUGGCGAGGAAAUACCAUUUACCGCAGGAGCUGCUACGGGCGUCGAAACAAGCGUCGCCUAAAAAGCAUUACAGAGGAUUGGGUAUAUCUGUAACCAGAUCAUUCAUUACAAACAUGGUCUUCUUUGGGGUAUUUGAAUUGGGCAUGACGUAUCUUGCAUGA